AUAUAAGGAACAACUACUUCCCAAAUUCUCACUCCUCUCUAGCUCCCCCUCUAACACACAUUGUCACAAAAAUGACAAGUUCUUGUGCUGCAAUUAUUGUGUGUGUUUUAUCACUAGCCUUGCAUUUGGCAGUGCCUAGUUUGGCCACGGUUUACACUGUGGGGGACUCAAGUGGAUGGACAAUGGGGGUUGAUUACACCACCUGGACAAGCGGCAAGACUUUUGUGGUUGGUGACAGCCUUGUGUUCAAUUAUGGAAGCGGUCACACGGUGGAUGAAGUCAGUCAAAGCGACUACAACAACUGCACUGUAGGAAACCCGAUCAGCACAGACAACAGUGGGUCCACCAACGUAUCUCUCAGUACUGCCGGGACCCAUUACUACAUCUGCGGCGUCAUUGGCCACUGCGGCAGCGGGAUGAAGCUGGCCGUCACUGCCACCGCCGGAGGAGGACCUGUGGCCGAGCCCUCCGGAUCUCCGCCGCCCACCGGUACCACCACCACUGCCCCGCCGCCACCCCCGACGACUUAUACCGAGCCACCUAGCUCUGUUCCGGCACCAUCUUCCUCAGGGGCUCUUUCUCCUUUUGUUGCAAUGAUGGGUACUUGGGUCGCAUUGUAUAAAUUUGUUGUCUUGUAAAGUUCUCUCUCUCUCUCUCUCUCUCUCUCUCUCUCUCUCUCUCGGGAUUUUCAUGACCAUUUAAAAGAUGUUUGUAAUUAAUAUUAUAUGGGCAUAUGGAUGAUUGAUCGAGUACUUGGUUUGGGAAUAGCACGGAUCCAAUCUACUUGGUUUCGGACUAGAACCACCUUAGUCUUAUGUGACAAGUUAUUCAUGUUACUUGUCUCGAUGUAUUUAUUCUUGAUGUCAAAAAUCAAGUUGAC